AUGGCAAUGACACCGUUCGCUCUUUCCCUGCUGGGAGUAGAGCAAUCAUCUGGACAGCGGCGACAGCGAGACGUGGCAGAUGGCGACGCAGAGGUUCCAACAGAAGUUCAGCCUGCGCCGGAAGUCCGUCCCGCCCGGCCAUCUAGGAACAGAGCGACGAGCUACUACAACGCAUUCCAAACCGUGUGCUCGACUGCGAAUGAUGAGCCACCAACUUACGAGUAUGCUGCACGUCAACGACUACCCCAGCGGCAUCCGGACUAUCUCCGGGAGACUCUGCCUGGGUAUUCGUGCUCUGUAGAGGCAUCUGCCAUCGUGCUGCUCCAACUGGAGUCCAUGAGCCCGCUCCACGAUCCAAGCGAGAGCGAGUGGCGAGAAGCCUACCUGGUGGUGCAAGGGACUCUGCUCAGUUUCUACAGAGCAAAGGAAAAAGGACCUGGCAAACUGCUCAGGAGCUACACUUUGCAGCAUGCUGAGGUCGGGUUGGCUCUGGACACGCAGCAUGAGGUGCUCGUUCCGCAGACACGGCUAGCACGUUUGGUGCCUUCUUCGGCACGACGGAAAGCUAUGCAGAAGGAUCCGGACAUGUUCAGGAUUGUCCGGCAGCACUCGCUACGGCUGCGAGUUGAGACUGAUCAGAUUGUCAUUGCGCAUGCCUCUGAGGAGCACAUCCAUGGCCUGGUCCACGCCAUUAGUGCUGGGAUUGAUAUUGCUCAGGCGAUUGAUGAGCGAAGCCUUCCACGACUAUGCACUGUGCCUCGGUGGAGGAGAAGACAGCGCGCAAGCCAGACUGGUGAUAUCACUGAUCCGGCUGUUGUUGCUGAGCAGGAGCGGAUUCUGAGGGACAUGUACCCGGCGUUCGCGGAGCAGAACCCAGAGACGAGACCGAGCUUCGAGCGGACAGUGACCAACGCAACGCAAGCAACAAUUCCAACUGCCCAGACACCAGCCCGAGAAGAAGACGAACUAGAUCUCGCAGCAAUCCGCGAGGACGCAGCAGGCACCAGCGACGACCCGAGCAGACGCCCUCCCAUGUCCCGCAACGUCACCUCCUCCACCAUCAACUCCACCUACUCCGCCGACAUGCUCUACGCCACCCUACCCACCAACUUCACCAGCGCCGGCAAAUGGGCGCCCCCGCACUCCCGCACCCCGUCCCAAAUCCAACGCUACAUCCGCCGCUGCAUGCCCAUCCUCCCCGCCGACGCCGUCCGCGCCUCCGACAUCCUCAUCUGCCACGGCCAGCGCGUGAAAAUCAACUGGCGCAUGGAGCUGCUCGAGGAAUGGGAACUCCAGCCACCGACGUAUAAAUCCCACCAUUUCAACCAUAGCGAGGACCAAGAGCAAGACCAGACUCUCGACCUCACCCGCACGCACUCGUGCUCGCAGAACUCUGCCUCUGAAUCCACGCCGAACCCGCACGCUUCAACCUCCGACCUCGGCAGCGACGACCACAUCACGCGUUGCGACGAAACAGAGACAAGUACACGCCUCGCGCCGCUCGAUCGGUCGAAAUCCGCAGUCUUGGACAAAGGGACGUCGUCGGCCACGCGCCAGACGUCUUCGCCGAAGCCCGCCGCGGCGCCGCAGCGACAUCACCACCCGGGACAGGAUGUUCAUGGUGUGGUGUUUUGCUUUUAG